CCAUUGGUCCAACCGCGAUCCCGUGUGAAAGACAGACUGACAUUUGUUUACUCCGAGUCAGACUCCUCUGCGGCUCAGCAGCUUGAUUUUAAACCUUUGUAUCCAAAUGGAGACCGACAUGGAAAGGUUUGUCUCUUUUGAAGAGGCCCAUUACGACCAAUAUGACUAUUAUAACCUGGUAGAAUACUCGUGUCACGUCGGUGGCAAAGGGAGAUCCAAGAAAGAAACGGAACUCAACACCAACCGCCAUAUCCCUGCGGGACACGAAAGGAAGAUUGCAGGCAAACUUUACAACAGCGAGCUCAAACAUCUGAACCCCAUCCUGGAUUCCUUAUGUGGCCGAUAAGAAGGAGUGUGAUGAUUGCGGGAACAUUCCCAAGAACAUGUCACACGGCAGCUUGUUCUUCUACCCCAACUGAACGUUGACGUUCUCAAGUUACAAUUGUGCAACUAUAUUUUUUGGUUUUUAGCUAUGUAAGUCAGUGAUGCGUGGCUCAUCCAUGCAUCAAGGAAUAUGUAUUUUACUGCAUUUAAAUGGAAUAAAAUGAGUGUUAACCAAGACAAA